ACACUAUUAUUAUGUUGAAAUAGCAGAAUAAACUGGAAUAUGAUACAGUGAAACAUCAGUAUAAUGAAAGUGUUGAUGUUCAUAGUAGAGAAUAUUUAUAUCUCAUUCAUAUAAUUUCUGCAGGUUUUGACUUCAAGCUCUGCAGUGUUUUAUUGGCGCUUGAUGCUCAAUCACCAAAUAUUGCAGCAGGAGUUCAUGAAAACCGUAGUGAUGAAGAAGUUGGCGCAGGAGAUCAGGGUCUGAUGUUUGGAUAUGCAACAGAUGAGACCGAUGAAUGUAUGCCAUUAACUGUUGUCCUGGCACAUAAAUUAAAUCAGAAAAUUGCAGAAUUAAGGCGAAGUGGAGAAUUAUGGUGGGCAAGACCAGAUUCAAAAACACAAGUCACUUGUGAAUAUGUAAUGGAUCAUGGUGCCUGUGUACCUAUAAGAGUACAUACUGUAGUAGUAUCAUUGCAACAUAGUGAAAAAAUUUGUUUGGAAGAUUUACGUAAAGUAGUUAUGGAAAAAAUUAUUAAAGAAGUAAUUCCAGCAAGGUAUUUAGAUGAUAAAACAAUCUUCCACGUUAAUCCUUGUGGAUUAUUUAUUAUUGGUGGUCCACAGAGUGAUGCAGGUCUUACUGGUCGAAAAAUUAUAGUUGAUACAUAUGGUGGUUGGGGAGCUCAUGGUGGAGGAGCAUUUUCUGGCAAAGAUUUCACAAAAGUUGAUAGAUCUGCUGCUUAUGCAGCAAGAUGGGUUGCUAAAUCUUUGGUGAAAGCUGGUCUUUGCAGACGAUGCCUUGUACAAGUAUAAAUUACCGAUAUUUUUAUUUUAUUAUUAUUA